AUCUUCUUCUCUUUUGGUUGCUUCCUCUGUCUUGGAAGUACCCUUCGUCUUUCCCUGAUCAUCUGCCAAAUCUACCCAGCCUAGAACGACACCAUAGCGGUCUUCAGUAUCAUGAGAGAAGUCUUGAGCGGGUUAUGAUCUAUUGAGUCGCGACCAGUAACUGCCCCUUUCUGUUCCCAGCAAUUGUUCGGGUGGCCUUGCUACCUCCUUCGGGCUAUAGCCUUGAUCGUGUGGAAAUCAUCACACACGCACACACAACUCUCAGUCUCGAUCUUUUGUCCGUGCAGACCCAAUUUCGAUCUCAUGUUGCUGAGCAUCUUCAGGACUUCUCUGGCCCAUAUUCUGGGAGGCUUCACCCUUUUAUCAACGUUCAUCGCCACUGUCUUGGAUGGUAUCUGCUACAGUUUCUCCAAAUCUUUAUCAUCGCACAUUGCCUCGGUCGAAUCAGCGAUUGUGAGCUUGAGUGCAAUCGACUGUGCAGUGAUCACUGCCUUGUUAUUUCUUUGGGUCAAGGAUGUCCGAGCAGAAGUGAGGGCGCAGUGGAGGGGUCACCCGGCUAUCCUCUACGGUCUGAUCGCCGUCUACCUCUCUAUUGCCACCGGUAUCACGGCAGGAGGAAUCGCCUGGAGUGCAGUCCAGUCCAUGACAGGGAAAACAACUAUGACUCACAAGCACCAGACCCUCAUGCUAGCCCGCUGUAUCAUCUGGGCUAUCUCCGUUUUGAGCCAAGGAAUCCUGGGUGGCUAUCUCCUAACCUCACUGACAAAACGUGAAGCUGGUGGUCGAUGGUCAAGGUCCCUUUCUCAGGAGCUUGAGAUUCUUCCCGACCGAGCCAGUGUUGGGGACAAGGAUGACGUGGUGAAGUCUCCGUCAAUCAUCCUUGAGUCCCCACGGCCUUCCACUGAGGUGAAAAGAAGCUGCGACAUUGUGCCGGAGCUUCAGCCUUCUGCUUCCCGCACAGAUUCACAGAAUUCGAAUCGUUAUUCCGGUCGGACGCUGUACCAACAGGACUCCAAGCAGAGCUCUUUCGACUUGCAGCGAACUCAUAUGGCGGUUACUGAGACUACGGUGACUCGUUCCCGAACAGAUGACCAGCCUGGUAACCCGACUGUCAACCCUUCUAGCAUGGAAGAACGGAGCGACCCCCCUAAGAUCCGACGAAGCUACUCCGGGGCCAAAAGAUCUUUCGAAGGCUUAAUCCGUCAGUCCUCGUCAACUCGAUCGUCGCCUGCCACAUCUUCCACGCAUUUAGCAGCUCCUGCGACUCCUGGUCGGCCUAUUCCUCCGAAGCUGAAGCUCACCGACGAAAGCUUUAUCCAUCCAUUGUUCCGGUCGGAUAGUGCAUCGCCUCCCCCAACUCCGAUGCCAGGAACCACUGUAAUCGCCUCACCGGCCGCUGGGCAGACCAUCUCGGUGCAGACUUUGAAUCGAGUGAGAUCGACCCGGUCUCUCCGGUCCCACGUACCCCGAAGUCGGUCACCUUUAUUUGAGCAAGUGGACCAGCCGCUUGUCGAGCUGGAGCGGAAGUCUGAGUCUUUAGAACGCAGUGGUCGGGAGUCUCCCAUGCCCAGCUUCAUCAUGGCAGCGGAUGUGCGAAGCAGUAUCACCCGGUACGAGAAAAGAUAUGACUUGAAUGAAUCUCCUGACGAGAGCUAGUCAGGCGCGUUCCUGAAGGUCACAAGGAAUUAGGAUCUGGGUCUGGAUGCCUUUCACUUGGUGUUAUCAUUGUUCUCUUUUGUUAGAUAUCCUAAAUAUAGCGUUUGAUGUACUU